GAACACCGGAAACCUGUUAAUCAAGCUGCAUCUAGAGCCACACUGGGACUGCAAGACCAUUGCGGAAAUGUCACCAAAUUAUGAGGAAUUCCAGAACGAUCGCGAGGACACCGCACCAGGCAAGAGCACAGGAUUUAGUUUGUGGAGAAAACAAGGAUUCAAAAUAAGCAGAGGGGUCUCACUGCCCCCCUACCAGAUCUGCGCUCUGUCCUCGGUCUGUGCUGGUCUCCUAAUCAUCAUCAUCCUCGUAGUGGCCAUGACAAACAAUGGGGUAAACAGGACAGAGCGGAGCUUCGAAUCCAAGCUCGGAAAUCUGAGUGCUAGUCUAAACUCAAUAGUGGAGCAUCUGUCUCAGGAUGGUGCCAUAAUGAAGGAGAAGCUAAAUGACAUUGAGGCAACAAUAAAGGACAGCUCUAAAGAUACCACAAUGAUGACCAAACUGACAGAGAUAGAUGCAUCGGUGAAGAGGAUUCUGUCUGAUGAAGUCACAGGCUCACUUCAGAGCGAUGUUCAGAGGAUAUUAGAUGCUGUUGGAAGAAUGAGAGAAGAGAUCCGGAAAGAAAAUGGGACACAGGACCCUCUCUGCAGCAUUGACUGGACUCAUUACGCAAUGAGCUGCUAUUACCUGUCCAGGGGAAGCCGAACAUGGGCUGGAGCCAAGAAAGACUGUGAAGAUAAAAAGUCUCAUUUGGUCGUAAUUAACAGCGCAGAAGAACAGGAUUAUGUAGGUCGGAUGACCCGGGACCUAAUAAUUUGGAUCGGUCUAACAGAUCAGGACGGCAGCUGGAAAUGGGUGGAUGGGACACUCUAUGACACUUCACCAAAGUUCUGGCGGGCUGAUCAGCCCGAUAACUGGUUUGGUCAUGGUCUCGGAGGAGGAGAAGACUGCGCUCAGAUGUAUGGUUUUGACGCUAACUACUCGUGGAAUGAUGACCACUGUUCUCGGCGCUUUAAGUACAUUUGUGAAAUGAAAAUUUAGCAUGAUUUUCCUGUUUCCUGUACCAGCACAUAGACUGCUCAGAAUUUUAGCCUGAUAGCAAAUAUAUCUACUAAUAGUCUAUUCAGUUUCUUUACCGGAUUACUGGAGAUCUCCAUAUAAUGUCCCUGAUAUAGGAAAGUUGUGGCCAGUCACAUCCAUACAGAGCACAUAGGCUAUCAUUCCGAGUUGAUCGCUCGCUGCCGAUUUUCUCAGCGUAAUGAUCAGGCUAAAAAUCGGCAUUUCUGCGCAUGCGCAUGGUACGCAGCGCGCACGCGCUAAGUACUUUCACACAAAACUUUGUAGUUUUACACAAGCUCGAGCGAUGCUUUUCAGUCGCUUGAGUGUUUGUUGUUUGAUUGACAGGAAGUGGGUGUUUCUGGGCGGCAACUCAGCAUUUACAGGGAGUGUGCUAAAAAACGCAGGCAUGCCAGGUAAAAACACAGGAGUGGCUGGAGAAACGAGGGAGUGACUGGCUGAACGCAGGGCGAGUUUGUAACGUCAAACAAGGAACUAAACAGACUGCAGUCAUCGCAAGCUAGGAGUAAGUCUUGAGCCACUCUGAAACUGCAUGAAAUUUUUUAGUAGCAGAACUGCUAACCUUUCGUUCGCACUUCUGCUAAGCUAAGAUACACUCCCUGAGGGCGGCGGCCUAGCGUGUGCAUUGCUGCUAAAAGCAGCUAGCGAGCGAACAACUCGGAAUGAGGGCCAUAGAGCUGUCCACUUGAUGUCAUUAAUAAGUAACCACCAACAAUAAUGAUGAUAUUCACUCAGGUUCUGCAUGGGUGAUGACCACUACUUUAGACCUCCAUCAUUAUUAGACUGUUCUCAGAUCAUGCAUCAUCAGUGUCAUCCUCACCAGGCUUUUAGCAUAGAUGCAAUAAAAACAGAACAUCUGUUUCAAGGUUUCUGUCUGUUAUAGUUUAAGUUUCAUAGCAGUAUGCUAUCUCACCACCAAGGGUCACCAGGCACUUUUGGAAUUGCAGUUCUGGUUUCUGCCAGAGGUACUGCUGUCUGGACAUUGUUGAGGUCAGUUGACUGGUGAAUCAUUGCCAAUCAGCAAUCAUAGAGUACACCUGUUUCCUAGCCUUAUAAACUGCUUGAGACCAGCAUGCAUGGCUGUUCAUUAAUCUUCCCUUGUCUCAUGUUAAGAGAUUGCUGAUCCUGGUUCCAUCUGCUAUCCUUGUUUUCUGGAUAUUCUGGUCAUUUGUCCUAUCAUGAUUACUACUGCUGCAAGAGAGUAAGCUUUACAUCUGUUCUGCUUCACUGUGCCUGGAACCUGCCAUUAUAUAUUAUUACUUAUAUUAUUAUUGGACUCAUGACUUUGCAAUCCCCUCUGUUUUGGACUCUACUCAAGUGAGCUCCAAUGCCUGCCAAUUUGUAGUGUACUCUGCUCAUCUCCAAAUUACUGCACUGUCCAUUGGCUGCCAUUUAGUUUUGCUCAUUUAUUUUAUAAGUCUACAUCCAGCUUUCCAGUCUGCUUAUUGUAUUCAGUGCUUGUAAAUCAAGUAUUUAAUAUCCCUGAUCAUUUGUCUUGUCAAAUUGUCAUCUGUAUAAUCUGAGUUCCUCCUAUACAAGUGUGACUCUGUCAUGAAUAUCUGUUUCUCCUACUCCCAUUAUCAUUGCAUAUCCAGUUGCAUUUUGUCUGCAUUUCUAAAUUGCUGUUAACUAGUCACACUCUUGUUGGAUUACCCAUAUUACACUUUGGUAUCAUGCAAUAAACAUCCUGAAUUCAUCUGCAACGGUUUGUAUGUUGAGUUUCUGGUACACUCCGGGGGUUUAUUCGUAACAACAUCAUCAUUAAUGCCAUGACUCUGCACCGCCUUCAUUAAGGCCAUUGUCUUUGAACCUUCAUUAUCAAGACCUUUCAUUCUGGUCCUCCAUAAUGAGUGCCUUUGUCACUGGGCCUCCAACAUGAAUGAUUUCCUUUCUGAACCAUCACCAUUUAAGCCAUCCAGAAUGGACUAAUACAAUAAAUGUCUUCCAUUCUGGGCCUCGAUUCUUCAGGCCAUGAACACUGGGCCUACAGUAUGUCAUCUAACCAUCCACUCUGCCACCCAUCAUUCACACCAUCUAUUUAAGAGUUUCUGGCUCUUGUACUUAGUGGUCACACCAUGCGGGCUGUCCACUCAGGGGCAAAGCAUUUCUCAUAAAAGUGUCCCCUGAUAUCUAGAGUUACUUGUCUGAAUAGAGUCAGCUGGCUAGCCACUACCUCACCCACCCACCUACCAGGCACGGCAGUGCUCUAGACUUUCUUUGGUCCACUUUGCUCUAUUGCUGCCUCGCUGCACAUGAUUGUCAAAAGCAACAUGGAGGAGCACUGUCUCCCAUAAAAGAUCCUGGCUCGGACCCCCACAGCCAUCAGACCUCAACCAUAUCUGAUCCACAGUAAUACAGAUUUAACAAAUGUGCCUGAGAUAUUCUGUAUUGAGGUGUGCUGAAUUUCAGAUAUUAAAUCAAUAAUAUAAUGAAGCUAUUGAUACUGAUAAUAAUAAUAAUAAUA